GGGCUGAGCCUGUGAAAUGGACCAGGUGAUAUUUACCUGAGGCUGUAAAUCACAGUCGCCAGGUAAACCAGAGAGAGAGCAAAGUGGGGACAUGGGGACUCCAGGGAGGAAAGGAUUUUACAAGCAAGACAUCAACACAACGACUUGGGAAGUGCUGGAGAGAUACACCAACCUGACUCCCAUCGGAUCGGGGGCAUACGGGAGCGUGUGUUCGGCCGUGGACAGGAAGACGGGGGAGAAGGUGGCUGUGAAGAAGCUGCACCGACCAUUCCAGUCGCUGCUCCACGCCAAGCGGGCGUACCGGGAGCUCCGGCUCCUCAAGCACAUCACACAGGAGAACGUCAUCAGUUUGCUGAAUGUCUUCACGCCAGAUGACUCUUUGAAGGCGUUCCAGAGCUUUUACAUGGUGAUGCCCUUCGUCGCUCGGGAUCUCAAACACAUCAUGAAGAAAGAGAAACUGACUGAGAACGUGAUGGUUUUCUUCCUGUACCAAAUCCUCCGGGGUCUCAAGUACAUCCACUCUGCUGGGAUUGUGCACAGGGAUCUGAAACCUGGUAAUCUGGCCGUGAACCAGAAUUGUGAAUUAAAGAUCUUAGACUUUGGAUUGGCACGUCACACAGAGGCCGAGAUGACAGGCUAUGUUGUCACCCGCUGGUACAGGUCCCCUGAGGUUAUUCUCAACUGGAUGCACUACACCCAUGCAGUGGACAUCUGGUCGGUGGGAUGCAUCCUGGCUGAGAUGGCCACUAGCCGGGUUCUCUUCCCAGGAUCUGACCAUUUUGAUCAGCUGAAAAAGAUCUUGGAUGUGACGGGGAAGCCGCCACAAUACCUCAUUGACAAGAUGCAGAGCAAGGAUGCCAGAGACUACAUCAGUGCCCUGCCCCCGCGGGAGAAAAAACAUUUUCAGCAGGUGUUCCCCACAAUGAAAAAGCAAGCUGUGGAUCUGCUGGAAAAAAUGUUGCAUCUGGAUCCUGACAAGAGAGUAACGGCAAGCGAUGCACUGGCCCACGUGUACCUGAGCGAGCACCAUGAUCCCGACAGUGAGCCCGUAGCCGAACCCUACGAUGAUUCCUUCGAGAGUCUGAACCUGAAUGUGGAGGACUGGAAAAGUCUUCUUCACCUGGAGAUCACAACCUUUGACCCCGGGAAUCCCAGACAAAUGGCAACCUGAUGGGCUGAGUUUACCUGUGUGACGUGAGGAGUGCUAGUGAUGGGCAGGGCUUCCUCAUUCAUUCCAGAUUCUACACAGACACAGCCAGUGUGUAACUCUCUCUACACACACAAACACAGCCAUCGGUGUAACUCUCUACACACACACACAGCCAUUGGUGUAACUCUCAACACCACACAGCAAGUGUGUAACUCUCUACACACACACAGCCAUUGGUGUAACUCUCUACACCACACAGCCAGUGUCACAAGCUUGUAUUGUAUUUAACAAAGCAGUGAUUGUGAGCAAAACACAGUAAACUGUCUGACUGUAUGCACACUUGGAUCAAUGAGCGCAAAGGACGUAAAGUUUGUAAUAACAUCAGCUCAAUCUUCACCUGUAGUAACCAGCCACAACCCAUCAGUACAGCCACUGAUGGGAAAGGUUUGUAUCUGGUACGAGCGGCCACACCUGUAACAUUUGAGGAUGUAACUGACUCCAGGAAUUGCUUCCUCUUUCCUUCAGUAACUGCUCUGCCUGUGUCCUGUAUUAUGGUCAUGUUAUAUGUUCUGGUGCUGCAACCAACUUUAAUAAACAUUUGGAGAUUA